GGUGGGGCUGCGCCGUGAGCUCAGCGCUGGCGGAGCGCCCGGCCCAGAGCUAUGAAAGGGAUGGAGCCGCCCCGCUCCGGCACUGCUGCACCCGCCGCCCGCCGUGCCGGGACAAACUGAACCGAACCGAACUGGGAUCAUGACCCUGGGGCUGCCACUACUGCUGCUGGUGUUGACGCUGCGAAGGGUGCAGGGGGGGGUAGGGCCCCCCCCUGGAUCCCCACCUGGCUCCCCAGAGCUCCCCUGUGGGGCUGCAGCACUGGAGGCAGUGCUGGGGCGCCUGCGGGAGCUGGAGGGAGAAGUGCGGGCGCUGCAGGGACAGUGCGGGGACAACGGGGGGCCCCAGGCUGGCACCGGGCGCACGGCAGCGCGGGGACUGUGCAGCACCCCUGAGGCAGGGGGCUGCGGGUGCGGGUGCCGGCUGGGGGAGGGUGGGGGGGGCCUCCCCUGCCCCGAGCCCCGAUGCCCCCUCGACUGCAGUGACCAGGGCCGCUGCCGGGCUGGCCGCUGCCACUGCUUCGCCGGCUUCACCGGGCCAUCCUGUGCUACACCUGCCUGCCCCCCCGGCCGUGGUGGGCCCCACUGCACCCUCGAGAUCCCCGCAGUGACACCACGCUUGGCUGCACGCAACCAGACGUCCUUCCGUGUGACCUGGCCUCGGCCGAGCAUGCCCGUGGAUGGCUACCAGGUGGCCCUCAUCCCCAUGGAGGAACCAGCAGCAAUGGCCACCCACGAACUGCCUGGCUCUGCUGUCACCUUCGAGGUGACAGGGCUGGUGCCUGGAAGCGCCUUUGAGCUCUUCAUCCAGGCCCAGCGGGACCAGCACCUUGGGAUGCCUGGCACCCUGCGCGUCCGCACCUUGAUUGCCCAGCCCCUGCCCACCCACAGGGGACCCCUGGGGUCCCCUACAUUCCUGGCAUCUCCACUGGCCCCAGCAUCACCAUCAGCCCGAGGGUCUCCAGCAUCCCCACGGUCCCCAGUGUCACCAGCGUCCCCAGGGUCCCUGGGAUCCCCGGCAUCACCAGUAUCACCGGAUGCAUCCCUGGUCUUACCAGGGUCCUUGGGGUCACCAGCGUCCCCAGCGUCUCCAAGGUCACCGGGAUCCCCAGCAUCUCCAGGGUCCCCGAGGUCACCAGCAUCCCCGAGGUCUCCAGUGUCACCAGUGUCCCCGGCAUCACCAGCUUCCCCUGAAUCUUCAUGGUCACCAGUGUCCCCAAGGUCCCCAGAGGCACCAGCAUCCCCAGUAUCCCCAAGGUCACCUGCAUUUCCACAGUCCCCAGCAUCACCACAGUCCCCCAUUUUACCUUCAUCUCCAAAGUCUCCGGUCUCCCCAGCAUCUCCCAUGUCCCCAGUGCUCCCAGGUGUUCCAUCUCUGCAUGACCUGGGGGCUAAGCUCUCGUCCUACAAUGGGUCCUUGCUGCAGCGCCUGGAGAGCCACCUCCGGGCCACAGCCUUCCCUCUCCGGGGCAACCAGACAGUGCCAGCAGUAGCCCGUGCCAUCCUCUCCUACCUGCUUCGCCGCAGCCCAGCCUCGCUGCGCCACCAGUUCCUCCGCCACCUCCAACAGAGUCCCCACCCCAAGCCCCAGCUUAUGCCAGGGGCUGCCGGAGAGGCCCUUGUGGACCUGGAUGGGCUGCGGGGCCACUCAGAGACUGUGGUGAUCCGCUACCGGCCCCUGGGGGAGCUGGAGGGGGCCGAGGGGGAACUGCGGGUGCCAGGGGACACAGCAGUGGCCCGGGUGCCAGGGCUGGUGCCAGGGGCCAUGUACCGGGUGGAGGUGCAUGGCGUGGUGCAGGGGCGCGUCUCCAAGUCCUACACAUCCCUGGUGACUGCAGGGGUAGGUGGCACCAGUGAGCCCCCGAUAGACUGGGAGCAUCUGUAUGAGAUGGAGCUGACUGAGCCUCAAGGUGCCAUGGCCAAAGCAGCCCCAUCAGAGGAGGAACCACAACAGCAGCCUCGCUUGGGCGAGCUCACGGCCUCCCAUGUGACACCCAACACUGUCCAGCUGGAAUGGAACGUCCUUGAAGGCACCUUUGACUCCUUCACGGUGCAGUACAGGGAUGCACAAGGCCAGCCACAGGCACUUGCUGUGGACGGUGGGUCCCGCACAGUGACUGUUCCUGGGCUGUUGCCUUCCCGCCGCUACAAGUUCAAUCUGUACGGGGUGUGGGGGCGGAAACGUAUUGGUCUUAUCUCCACUGAUGCCAUCACAGCCCCAGCACUCCCAAAGGAGGACCUGCCAUCCCAGCCACGCCUGGGUGAGCUCACAGCCUCCCACGUAGCCCCCGACUCCAUCCAGCUGGAAUGGAGCGUCCCCAAGGGCACCUUUGACUCCUUCACAGUGCAGUACAAGGAUGCACAAGGCCAGCUGCAGGUACUGCCUGUGAAUGGUGGUUCCCAUACAGUGACUGUGCCAGAGCUGUCACCGUCUCACCGCUACAAGUUCAACCUGUACGGGAUGUGGGGACGGAAACGUCUGGGCCCCAUCUCCACUGAUGCUGUCACAGCUGCAGUCAUACCAGAGGAGGAACCACCAUCUGAGCCACGCUUGGGCGACCUCACAGCCUCCCACAUCACCCCUGACUCCGUCCAGCUGGAAUGGAGCAUCCCCGAGGGCACCUUUGACUCCUUCGUGGUGCAGUACAGGGAUGAGCAAGACCAGCCACAGGUGCUGCCCGUGGAUGGUGGUUCCCAUACAGUGACCGUGCCAGGGCUGUCACCAUCCCACCGCUACAAGUUCAACCUGUAUGGGGUGUGGGGACGGAAACGUCUGGGCCCCGUUUCCACUGAUGCUGUCACAGCUGAAGUCAAGCUGAAAAAGAAACCACCAUCCGAGCCACGCUUGGGCGACCUCACAGCCUCCCACGUCACCCCCAGUUCUGUCCAGCUGGAAUGGAGCAUCCCAGAAGGCACCUUUGACUCUUUCACGGUGCAGUACAAGGAUGUGAAAGGCCUGCCACAGGUGCUGCCCGUGGAUGGUGGUUCCCAUACAGUGACCGUGCCAGGGCUGUCACCAUCCCACCGCUACAAGUUCAACCUGUAUGGGAUGUGGGGCCGGAAACGUCUGGGCCCCAUCUCCACUGAUGCCAUCACAGCUACAGUCGAACUGGAAAAUAAACCAUCUGAACCACACCUGGGGGAGCUCACAGCCUCCCACAUCACCCCUGACUCUGUCCAGCUGGAAUGGAGCGUCCCCGAGGGCACCUUUGACUCCUUCACAGUGCAGUACAAGGAUGCACAAGGCCAGCCGCAGGCACUGCCCGUGGACGGUGGUUCCCGCACAGUGACCGUGCCAGGGCUGUCACCAUCCCGCCGCUACAAGUUCAACCUGUAUGGGAUGUGGGGACGGAAACGUCUGGGCCCCAUCUCCACUGAUGCUGUCACAAGUGCAGUAGAGCAGGAAAAAGAACCACCAUCCGAGCCACGCCUGGAUGACCUCACAGCCUCCCACAUCACCCCUGACUCCGUCCAGCUAGAAUGGAGUGUCCCUGAGGGUAGCUUUGACUCCUUCACAGUGCAGUACAAGGAUGCACAAGGCCAGCCACAGGUGCUGCCCGUGGAUGGAGAAUCCCGCACAGUGACCGUGCCAGGGCUGUCACCAUCCCGCCGCUACAAGUUCAACCUGUAUGGGAUGUGGGGACGGAAACGUCUGGGCCCCAUCUCCACUGAUGCUAUCACAGCUGCAGUCCACCCGGAAAAGGAACCACCAUCCGAGCCACGCCUGGGCGACCUCACAGCCUCCCACGUCACCCCUGACUCUGUCCAGCUGGAAUGGAGUGUCGCUGAGGGUACCUUUGACUCCUUUGUGGUGCAGUACAAGGAUGCACAAGGCCAGCCACAGGUGCUGCCUGUGGAUGGUGGAUCCCGCACAGUGACCGUGCCAGGGCUGUCACCAUCCCACCGCUACAAGUUCAACCUGUAUGGGAUGUGGGGGCGGAAACGUCUGGGUCCUGCCUCCACUGAUACCGUCACAGCUGCAGUGCAGCUGGAAAAGGAACCACCAUCUGAACCAAACCUGGGGGAGCUCACAGCCUCCCACAUCACCCCUGACUCCGUCCAGCUGGAAUGGAGCGUCCCCGAGGGCACCUUUGACUCCUUCACAGUGCAGUACAAGGAUUCACAAGGCCAGCCACAGGUGCUGCCCGUGGACGGUGGUUCCCGCGCAGUGACCGUGCCAGGGCUGUCACCAUCCCGCCGCUACAAGUUCAACCUGUAUGGGAUGUGGGGACGGAAACAUCUGGGCCCCAUCUCCACUGAUGCUGUCACAGCUGCAGUCCAGUCAGAAAAGGAACCACCAGCUGAACCACACCUGGGGGAUCUCACAGCCUCCUACAUCACCCCUGACUCAGUCCAGCUGGAAUGGAGUGUCCCCGAGGGCACCUUUGACUCCUUUGUGGUGCAGUACAAGGAUGCACAAGGCCAGCCACAGGUGCUGCCCGUGGAUGGUGGCUCCCGCACAGUGACCGUGCCAGGGCUGUCACCAUCCCGCCAGUAUAAGUUCAACCUGUAUGGGAUGUGGGGGCGGAAACGUCUGGGCCCCAUCUCCACUGAUGCUGUCACAGAUGCAGUUAAGCUGGAAAGGGAACCGCCAUCUGAGCCACGCCUGGGUGACCUCACAGCCUCCCACAUCACCCCUGACUCCGUCCAGCUAGAAUGGAGUGUCGCUGAGGGUACCUUUGACUCCUUCACAGUGCAGUACAAGGAUGCACAAGGCCAGCCACAGGUGCUGCCCGUGGAUGGAGAAUCCCGCACAGUGACCGUGCCAGGGCUGUCACCAUCCCGCCGCUACAAGUUCAACCUGUAUGGGAUGUGGGGACGGAAACGUCUGGGCCCCAUCUCCACUGAUGCUGUGACAGCUGCAGUCCACCCGGAAAAGGAACCACCAUCUGAGCCACGCCUGGGUGACCUCACAGCCUCCCACGUCACCCAUGACUCCGUCCAGCUAGAAUGGAGUGUCGCUGAGGGUACCUUUGACUCCUUCACAGUGCAGUACAAGGAUGCACAAGGCCAGCCACAGGUGCUGCCCGUGGAUGGAGAAUCCCGCACAGUGACCGUGCCAGGGCUGUCACCAUCCCGCCGCUACAAGUUCAACCUGUAUGGGAUGUGGGGACGGAAACGUCUGGGCCCCAUCUCCACUGAUGCUGUCACAGCUGCAGUCCAGCCAGAAAAGGAACCACCAGCUGAACCACACCUGGGGGAUCUCACAGCCUCCCACGUCACCCCUGACUCCGUCCAGCUAGAAUGGAGUGUCCCUGGGGGUAGCUUUGACUCCUUCACAGUGCAGUACAAGGAUGCACAAGGCCAGCCACAGGUGCUGCCCGUGGAUGGAGAUUCCCGCACAGUGACCGUGCCAGGGCUGUCACCAUCCCGCCGCUACAAGUUCAACCUGUAUGGGAUGUGGGGACGGAAACGUCUGGGCCCCAUCUCCACUGAUGCUGUGACAGCUGCAGUCCAGCCGGAAAAGGAACCACCAUCCGAGCCACGCCUGGGCGACCUCACAGCCUCCCACAUCACCCCUGACUCUGUCCAGCUGGAAUGGAGUGUCGCUGAGGGUACCUUUGACUCCUUUGUGGUGCAGUACAAGGAUGCACAAGGCCAGCCACAGGUGCUGCCUGUGGAUGGUGGAUCCCGCACAGUGACCGUGCCAGGGCUGUCACCAUCCCACCGCUACAAGUUCAACCUGUAUGGGAUGUGGGGGCGGAAACGUCUGGGUCCUGCCUCCACUGAUACCGUCACAGCUGCAGUGCAGCUGGAAAAGGAACCACCAUCCGAACCAAACCUGGGGGAGCUCACAGCCUCCCACAUCACCCCUGACUCCGUCCAGCUGGAAUGGAGCGUCCCCGACGGCACCUUUGACUCCUUCACGGUGCAGUACAAGGAUGCACAAGGCCAGCCACAGGUGCUGCCCGUGGAUGGAGAAUCCCGCACAGUGACCGUGCCAGGGCUGUCACCAUCCCGCCAGUAUAAGUUCAACCUGUAUGGGAUGUGGGGGCAGAAACGUCUGGGCCCCAUCUCCACUGAUGCUGUCACAGAUGCAGUCGAAGUGGAAGAGGAGCCACCAUCGGAGCCACACAUGGGGGAGCUUGUGGCCUCCCACAUAACACCCAACUCAAUCCAGCUGGAAUGGAGCAUCCCCGAGGGCACCUUUGACUCAUUCACAGUGCAGUACAGGGAUGUUCAAGGUCAGACACAGGUGCUGCCCGUGGAUGGAGGUUCCCGCACAGUGACUGUGUCUGGGUUGUCACCAUCCCAUGGCUACCAGUUCAACCUGUACGGGUUGUGGGGGAGGAAACAUCUGGGGCCCAUCUCCACUGAUGCUGUCACAGCAGCUGCAGUCGAGACAGAAAAGGAACCACCAGCUGAGCCACACCUGGGUGACCUUGUGGCCUCCCACAUCACUCCCAACUCCGUCCAGCUGGAAUGGAGCAUCCCUGAGGGCACCUUUGACUCCUUCACGGUGCAGUACAAGGAUGCACAAGGCCAGCCACAGGUGCUGCCUGUGGACAGUGGUUCCCACACAGUGACUGUGCCAGGGCUGUCGCCAUCCCACCGCUACAAGUUCAACCUGUAUGGGAUGUGGGGGCAGAAACGUCUGGGCCCCAUCUCCACUGAUGCUGUCACAGCUGCAGUCAAUCUGGAAAAGCAACCACCAUCCAAGCCGCGCCUAGUUGAGCUCACAGCCUCCCACAUCACAUCUGACUCUGUUCAGUUGGAGUGGAGGGUCCCUGAGGGCACCUUUGACUCCUUCAUGGUGCAGUACAGGGAUGCACAAGGCCAGCCGCAUGCACUGCCUGUGGACGGUGGGUCCCACACAGUGACCAUGUCUGGGUUGUCACCAUCCCACCGCUACAAGUUCAACCUGUACGGGAUUUGGGGGCGGAAACGUCUGGGCCCUGUCUCUACCGAUGCAAUCACUGCUGCAGUUGAGCCAGAAGAUUUGAUAUCUGAGCCACACCUGGGUGAGCUUAUGGCCUCCCAUAUCACUACCAAUUCAGUCCAGCUGGAAUGGAGCAUCCCCGAGGGCACCUUUGACUCAUUCACAGUGCAGUACAAGGAUGCACAAGGCCAGCCACAGGUGCUGCCCGUGGAUGGUAGUUCUCGCACAGUGACUGUGCCAGGGCUGUCGCCAUCCCACCGCUACAAGUUCAACCUGUAUGGGAUGUGGGGGCAGAAACGUCUGGGCCCCAUCUCCACUGAUGCUGUCACAGCAGCUGCAGUCGAGACAGAAAAGGAACCACCAUCUGAGCCACACCUGGGUGACCUCGUGGCUUCCCACAUCACCCCCAACUCUGUCCAGCUGGAAUGGAGCAUCCCUGAGGGCACCUUUGACUCCUUCACGGUGCAGUACAAGGAUGCACAAGGCCAGCCACAGGUGCUGCCCGUGGAUGGUGGCUCCCGCACAGUGACUGUGCCAGGGCUGUCACCAUCCCACCGCUACAAGUUCAACCUGUAUGGGAUGUGGGGGCAGAAACGUCUGGGCCCCAUCUCCACUGAUGCUAUCACAGUUGAGCCUGAAAAACAACCACCAUCCAUGCCACGCCUGGGCGAGCUGACAGCCUCUCAUGUCACCCCUGACUCAGUCCAGCUGGAAUGGAGCAUCCCCGAGGGUACCUUUGACUCCUUCACAGUGCAGUACAAGGAUGCACAAGGCCAGCCACAGGUGCUGCCUGUGGACAGUGGUUCCCGCACAGUGACCGUGCCAGGGCUGUCACCAUCCCGCCGCUACAAGUUCAACCUGUAUGGGAUGUGGGGGCGGAAACGUCUGGGCCCCAUCUCCACUGAUGCUGUCACAGCAGCAGUUGUGCUAGAAAAGGAACCACCAUCCGAGCCACACCUGGGCGAGCUCAUAGCCUCCCAUGUCACUCCUGACUCAGUCCAGCUGGAAUGGAGUGUCCCUGAGGGCACCUUUGACUCCUUCACAGUGCAGUACAAGGAUGCACAAGGCCAGCCACAGGUGCUGCCUGUGGAUGGAGGUUCCCGCACAGUGACUGUGCCAGGGCUGUCACCAUCUCACCGCUACAAAUUCAACCUGUAUGGGAUGUGGGGGCGGAAACGUCUGGGCCCUGUCUCCACUGCUGCUGUCACAGCUGCAGUUGAGCCCGAAAAGGAACCACCACCCAAGCCACACCUGGGUGACCUCACAGCUUCCCACAUCACCCCUGACUCAGUCCAGCUGGAAUGGAGUGUCCCCGAGGGCACCUUUGACUCCUUCGUGGUGCAGUACAAGGAUGCACAAGGCCAGCCACAGGUGCUGCCUGUGGACGGUGGUUCCCACACAGUGACCGUGCCAGGGCUGUCACCAUCCCGCCGCUACAAGUUCAACCUGUAUGGGAUGUGGGGGCGGAAACGUCUGGGCCCCAUCUCCACUGAUGCUGUCACAGCUGCAGUCGAGACAGAAAAGGAACCACCAUCCGACCCACACCUGGGUGACCUCACAGCCUCCCACAUCACCCCUGACUCUGUCCAGCUAGAAUGGAGCGUCCCCGAGGGCACCUUUGACUCCUUCACAGUGCAGUACAAGGAUGCACAAGGCCAGCCACAGGUGCUGCCCGUGGAUGGUGGCUCCCACACAGUGACUGUGCCAGGGCUGUCACCAUCCCACCGCUACAAGUUCAACCUGUAUGGGAUGUGGGGGCAGAAACGUCUGGGCCCCAUCUCCACUGAUGCCAUCACAGCUGCAGUGGAGUCGGAAGAGGAACUGCCAUCAGAGCCACGACUGGGCGAGCUCAUUGUGUCCCAUGUCACCCCUGACUCCAUCCAACUGGAAUGGAGCAUCCCCGAGGGCACCUUUGACUCCUUCAUGAUGCAGUACAAGGAUGCACAAGGCCAGCCACAGGUGCUGCCUAUGGACAGUGAAUCCCGCACAGUGACUGUGCCAGGGCUGUCACCAUCCCACCCUUACAAGUUCAACCUGUAUGGGAUGUGGGGGCAGAAACGUCUGGGCCCCAUCUCCAUUGAUGCUGUCACAGCCCCAACUCCAGCAGAGGAGGAACCACCAUCCCAGCCCCGUCUUGGUGAGCUCACAGCCUCCCACGUCACUCCUGACUCAGUCCAGCUGGAAUGGAGCGUCCCCGAGGGUACCUUUGACUCCUUCACAGUGCAGUACAAGGAUGCACAAGGCCAGCCACAGGUGCUGCCCAUGGAUGGUGGCUCCCGCACAGUGACUGUGCCAGGGCUGUCACCAUCCCGCCGCUACAAGUUCAACCUGUAUGGGAUGUGGGGACGGAAACGUCUGGGCCCCAUCUCCACUGAUGCUGUGACAGCUGCAGUCAAGACGGAGGAGGAACCACCAUCCCAGCCACGCCUGGGCGAGCUCACGGUCUCCCACGUCACUCCCAGCUCUGUUCAGCUGGAGUGGAGUGUCCCCGAGGGUACCUUUGACUCUUUCACACUGCAGUACAGGGAUGUGCAAGGCCAGCCGCACGCACUACGUGUGGAUGGAGAUUCCCGCACAGUGACCGUGCCAGGGCUGUCACCAUCCCGCCGCUACAAGUUCAACCUGUAUGGGAUGUGGGGGCGGAAACGUCUGGGCCCCAUCUCCACUGAUGCUGUCACAGCACUAGUCAAGUCAGAAGUGGAACCACCAUCCCAGCCAUACCUGGGUGAACUCACAGCUUCCCAUGUUACCCGUGACUCAGUCCAGCUGGAAUGGAGCGUCCCUGACGGGAAAUUUGACUCCUUCAAAGUGCAGUACAAGGAUGCACAAGGCCAGCUGCAGGUGCUGCCUGUGGACGGUGCUUCCCGCACAGUGACCGUGCCAGGGCUGUCACCAUCCCACCAUUACAAGUUCAACCUGUAUGGGAUGUGGGGGCAGAAACGUCUGGGCCCCAUCUCCACUGAUGCUGUCACAGCUGUGGAUGAACUAGAAAAGGAACCAGCAUCCGAGCCACGCCUGGGUGACCUCACGGCCUCUCACAUCACCCCUGACUCUGUCCAGCUGGAAUGGAGUGUCCCCGAGGGCACCUUUGACUCCUUCGUGGUGCAGUACAGGGACACACAAGACCAACUGCAGGUGCUGCCUGUGGACGGUGGGUCCCAUACAGUGACUGUGCCCAGGCUGUCGCCAUCCCAACGCUAUACAUUCAUCAUAUAUGGGAUGUGGGGGCAGAAACGUCUGGGCCCUAUCUCCAUUGAUGCUGUCACAGCCCCAUCUCCAACAGAGGAGGAACCACCAUCCCAGCCCCGUCUUGGCGAGCUUACGGCCUCCCACAUCACUCCUGACUCAGUCCAGCUGGAAUGGAGCGUCCCCGAGGGUACCUUUGACUCCUUCACAAUACAGUACAAGGAUGCACAAGGCCAGCCACAGGUGCUGCCCGUGGAUGGAGAUUCCCGCACAGUGACCGUGCCAGGGCUGUCACCAUCCCGCCGCUACAAGUUCAACCUGUAUGGGAUGUGGGGGCAGAAACGUCUGGGCCCCAUCUCCACUGAUGCUGUCACAGGUGCCCCAGGGACCCUGUGGGUGGGGUCCCUGUGGCCCCGCAGUGCUCGUCUGCACUGGGCACCCCCCCAAGUCCCCCCUGAUGGCUACAUCCUUGUCUACGGCCCCCCCGGUGGCCCCCUGCAGACGCAGCAGCUGCCCCCAGAGGCAACAUCGAAGGAGCUGUGGGGCCUGGAGCCCAUGGGCCACUACUGGGUGCAGUUGCAGAGUCAGGGGCUGGAGCCGGCCCCCGUGCCCCUCGAGGCCACCUUCGACACCCCGCCCCUACUCCAUCCAUACCCCCGGGACUGCAUUGAGGAGCAGCUCAAUGGACCAAGGCCUUCACGCGAGGCCCUCAUCUUCCUCGGGGGUGACCGACAGCGGCCCCUGCGUGUCUUCUGCGACAUGGAGACCGAUGGCGGUGGCUGGCUGGUGUUCCAGCGACGCAUGAAUGGGGCCACUGAUUUCUGGCGGGGAUGGGAAGAGUACGCCCACGGCUUUGGCAAUGUCUCCCAGGAGUUCUGGCUUGGGAAUGAGGCGCUGCAUGCGCUGACGGCGGCUGGCCCCACGGAGCUGCGGGUGGACCUACGGACGCCGCUGGACGCCGCCUUCGCCCACUACCGUGACUUCGCCAUCGCUGGCCCUGAGGAGCACUACCGCCUCCACCUCGGCGCCUAUAGCGGCACCGCCGGGGACGCAAUGUCCUACCACGCUGGCAGCCCCUUCUCAACACGGGACCGUGACCCCCGGCGCCGCCCCCGGCCCUGUGCUGUCGCCUACACAGGGGCCUGGUGGUACCGCAACUGCCACUACGCCAACCUCAAUGGGCGCUAUGGUACCCCCUACGACCAUCAGGGCAUCAACUGGUUUCCCUGGAAAGGUUUCGAGUUCUCCAUCCCCUUCACGGAGAUGAAGCUGCGGCCACAGCAUGACUGAGAGCACCCAGAGAGGAGGCAGGGCUGCCUGGGGCAGUGGUGAUGAAGCCUUUAUGGGGUCAAUAAAAGCUGCGAGCAACCA